UAUCCUACUGCCUGAACAAAUAUGGUUACUUAUUUCAUUUUUAUUGAAGGAAUAGUGUACAGGUACCAAAAAAUAUCAAUAAACUCUAAAACUACUCUCAUGGAUAGUACUACAAUAUUUUUUUAUGAAGCAAAAGUUCCACUUUUAAACAUGCUUCGCCCAUGGUUGGAUGGGUCCUAACAAAGGAAGUUUUCCAGCCUGCUGUGCCGCUGGGACCUGUCAAUUGAGUGUGUUACUAGCUAGCUAGUCUACACGAAACUAGCUAGAAAAAGAAGUAUCUAGUUUGUGCACUUUAAUAUGUGGACCUAGCUAGUUGGAGGUGGUAUUUUAAUGACUUAACUGCAAUAUGAAUUGGGACACAGUGAGUUGAUAAUUUGAUUUUAUAUAGCUAUACAGUACAUUAAUUCUAGUAAAUCUUGUUCGUUAUUGUGACACAGUUAGCUCUAGCUGGCUAGCUUGUUGUCAGACUAGCUAAACUAGCUGUUAGCCAAUUUAGCUAUACUAGCUAUCAAGUUGCAGACCGCAUGCUAUCAGUUUCUUUAUAUUAGCCACAGCUAUUUUCAUUGCGAGGCAAUAUCAUUGCAAGCUACUUCGGUGAACCCACCAAUGAUGAUCUGAAGUCCACUUUACAGUAAAUCUUACUGUAAACUGCAAUUUUACGAGUUAGCUAGCUAGCUCGCUACCUAUUAAUAUUCCAGCGAGGCUUCCUUCAGUCCUCAAACAUGGACAAGAAAUCAUUUGACAUCGUCUUGGACGAAAUCAGAAAGUGUGUCCUGACGGACCAGCGGAUAAAGGCGAUAGAACAGGUGCACGGCUAUUUCUCCAGCGAACAGGUGAUGGACAUACUGAAAUACUUCUCGUGGGCAGAGCCGCAGAUCAAGGCAGUGAAAGCUUUGCAACAUAAAAUGGUUGCCAUCCCCACAACAAAAGUUGCAAACAUCUUGAACUGUUUCACCUUCUCCAAGGACAGACUGGUGGUUCUGGAGUUGAUAGCUCUAAACAUCGCAGAUGCACAGAAUUACCGUCCCGUGGAGGACCUGUUCCGCAUCCACCUGUCUGAGAAAAAACGAGCCCGCCGCAUCCUGGAGCAGGUGUGCAAGGUGGGCUGCAAGGCUCCCGUGGCGAUGAUCUCAUCCUGUGGAAUGGUCCCAGGAAACCCCUACCCGAAAGGAAAGCCCAGCCAAGUGACCGGAACAUUCCCAGGAACUCCUCCUGUGAAGAAGGAAGGAGAGGAGGGCGCUGCAAACAUGGAGGGGAAAGGGAUCGCCGCCCGCAUCACCGGACCUUUUAAGCCAUCGCCGUCAUCCUACAACCCCCACCGGCCCGUGCCCUACCCCAUCCCACCCUGCCGACCGCACGCCACCAUCGCACCAAGUGCGUACAACAAUGCUGGCCUGGUGUCUGUGGGAGGGGUGAUAACGGCCAGCGUUCCCCCUCCGCCCUACAGCGCCACCCCCAGAGCAGCAGCCUACACCAAGCCGGCCCACCACCAGAAUGCCACCCCCGGAGUCAACAGCACGCCCCUCCCCUCCCCCCGUGGCGCCACCCCCUCCACCCCGGUCCCGGCCCAGCCCUCGGCCGGCCACCCGCCCCUGGCCACCCCCAUCACCCCGGUCUUCCCCGGCAUGGUGCCCUCGCAGACCCACAGGGGCCCCUCCCCCUCCGUCAUCAAAGGGGGGCCCGUGCCCCCCGCUGCCGCCUCCCCCCAUGUCCCCCAGAGCCCCGGCCCCUCCGCCUCGUCCGUCAUCAAAGCCCACACCCCGUCCAACACCCCCUGCGGGACACCCGGACCCAACCCUGGGGGGUUCUCCCCCUUCCACGGAGGGGCCUCCCGGUCGGGCACCCCUACCUCCAGGAACCCCCCAGACCCCCUGGGGCCGCCCCAGUACAAGGGCUUCCCCCAGCCCACCGACCCCCAGGCAGGGCCACCCUUCCCUGGCAUGGCCUCCCAGCAGGGGAACCCUCCUGGGUCAGUGAUCCGCAGCUACACCCCUUCUGGACGCUCCACUCCCGUCAUGCCCUCCUCCUCUACCCCCGGUCCAAAUUCGAAACCCUCCCCAGCCCUGUCCACCCAGGCCCAGGCCCAAGCCCAGGCCCAGGCCCAAGCCCAGGCCCAAGCCCAAGCCCAGGCCCAGGCCGCAUUGGGUCAGGCGGGGGCCUUCUACAGUGAGCAGCACCGCGCCACCCUCACCAGGCAUGGAGGCGGCAGUGGCAGUAACAGCCCGGUGCCUUCCGCCUUCAUGGGGACGUCCCGCGCCGGCACUCCCUCCCUCAGCUCCCUGGUGAUGCCCGGCUCGGCGCAGGCCGCCCUGGCCCGCUCCCUGGGCCUCACCCACCCGUCCGGAUCCCCCCAGGCCUCCCUCCCCAGCCCCGCCGCCAUGGCCGGCCUCCAGGUCCUCUCCUCCAGCCCGGCCCCCUCCCACUACCCCGGCCUCUCCCCCUUCUCCUCGCUCCCUUCCGCCACCAUCCCCUCCUCCAUGGCUCCCACCACCAGCCUGGGCAGCCACGCCCAGACCUCCGUCUACCCAGGCCUCGGCCCCGGCAUGGCCCCAGGAGGAGGCUCUCCUUUCGGGUUGGGCCUCACCACCUCCCCCUCCAUGUUCCCCGGCCUGCCUCCCGGCUCCGGCCCGGCCUUCCCCGGUUUCGGGGGCUCUGGUGGCCCCGGGGCGGGGAGCCCCGUGCUGUCCUCCUUCAUGGGGCUCCAGGGGGCUUCGGCGUCGUCCGUGGCGACGGUGGCUCCGCUCCAGGCGGCGGCGGCGGCCGCGGCGGCCGCGGCGGCGGCUGCUGCAGGCGUCCCCUCCUCCUCCCCCGUGCUGCCGGGCUUCGCCUCCGCCUUCAGCUCCAACUUCCAGCCGGGGUUGAGCAGCGGGCUGCAGCCUCCAGGAGGAGGGGGGUUCCCAGGCCUGCUGUCCUUCGCAGGGAUGCCCGCCUUCUCUCCCUCGGCCUCCCCCGCCGCCCUCUCCGGCCUCCACAACUCUGCCAUGCAGUCAGCCCUGCUGCAGGGUCACCCUGCCUCUGCUCUGGACAGCUACGCUCCUCAACCCAACGGUUUCUCCAACUACCCCCCCGGACCCGGAAACCCCUUCAACCCCCUGCAGCCAGGCCUCCACCACCAGCUGGGCUGGCAGUGAACACACACACACACACGCACGCACACAGGAGAAGAAAACCAAUAUACACCUAGACACUCACUCACACUAUGCUAAGACUCAUACAGACACAUGCACACUCGCGUCCACUUGACUUAACCUAAUCAUACGCACACACACGCGCUCAAUCACACCCAGAUCCACAGUUAGAGCGUAGACACUGAGAAUGGGAGAAUAGCCCUCGUGUUGAUCGCCCUGACCGAGCGAAACCCCACUUGUGGUCGGACAGAAGGGAGGAUGUGAAAGUUCCUUCCGUGGACCUAGAAGCCAGGCAGGCUGGUUGAGAGGACGGAUCAACCGUGCGGUCAUCGCUUGUUUCCUGCUGGCCACACCGAACAAUGUGGGCGUGGAACAAUGAGUAUGUUGACUUAAAAACAAGGACUUGUUUUGAAUGCGACGUCGGGCAUGAAAUGAAUUCCCGUAGAGGGCUGAACACUACCGUUCACAAGUUCACUCAGAAAUUCCUUGUUUUCCCUGGAUACAUGAAAUGAGUUUGAAAAGGAAAUCUAGCUAAAUGAACAUGAAAUGUAGUCAUUGACAAGGUUAGAGUCAUGAUAGUAAUCAUUUUGUCCUUCAAACUUUGCUUUGGUCAAAGAGUCCUCCAUUUGCAGCAAUUGUAGCCGUGCAGACCUUCGACAUUCCGGUUCAUUUUUUUGAGGGAAACUGAAGAGAUGUCACCCCAUGGAGCAUACACCCCCCCACUGUACCCACUGUACCCUGAGUUUGAACACAUGAUGUACUAUGCACACAGACACACACACACGUGUAUACCUGCGAUACAAAGGGAAAGUUCUCGAAAAUCCCACCAGAUGUUUUCUGAGUCUUGAGCUAUCAGAUUUUUUUGGGGGGAAGAAACUUGUAAAAUGUUGAUGUCUGUAUUUGCUUUGUUUUUAAAUGUGUAUUUGUAGCACAUUCUGAGCCAUGAAUUGUCGUUUCUGCAAUGGACGUAGAACGUGCGUGAGGGUGUGUGCCACAGUGUGAGAGAGAACCUGUGUCCCAACAACUGUGUCUGUAUGUAUGUG